CUCGCCGAAGGCGGUGGGAACUCGUCGUAGUAGAACAAAAAAUUUGGUCUUUUCAUAUUAUAAUUUGUAAAAUCCAACAGAGUACUCCACAGAAGUUGGUCCUCACUCCGGAAAGAGCGUGUCAACCCUCUCAUCUCCUUUUCUAUGGCUGCUAGAGCGAUUUAUCACCCCUCUUGGGGACGUAGAAAAGUCUACAAUGCUGUGUGAGCUGUGUGAGCUGUGUGACUGUCGUGGGUAGGCCUACGGGUUCCCUCCCACUUGGAAGAUAACAUUUGUUGAACGAGUUAGAUCAUUUCAUCCAAAAAUUAAGAAAAAUGGAAUCUGUAGUUCUGCCGCUUUUGGUGGAGACUGUGAAACCCAUGAUCGAGGUACUAAUGAGUAGAGUGACGGAAGAGAUCCACUUCUUCCGGGGCUCCGGAAAAGAUCUCAGUAAGCUUGAACGCAAGAUCCAAAUAAUCUCAAACAUUGUGCUCAACAUGACGGCUACUAAUACUAGUACUUGUACUAGUAGUAGUAAUCCUGUGGAAUUGUGGGUGACAAAUGUUGUCAAAAUCAUACACAAUGUGGAGAACUUGCUGGAUGUGUUGGCCUAUGAGAAGCAGCGCCAAGUUGUCAUGAAGAUAGGGCCUAUGAAACGGGUCUACUUUCGCCGUAAGAUUGGCAAGUGGAUUAGUAGGAUCAAUACCAACAUUGACGAAGCCCUGAUAGAGGCUCAAACCAUUGCCCACCUCAGGGAUCUAAUGCACUCACUGCCACCUGCAACAAACAUUAUUACCAGUGAAGGCGCGGCUGCAGAGGAUCAGGAUCGUCUGCAGCAGCUUCGACGAAAUGUAGAUAUGUCCCUGAUAGUUGGCAGGGAUUCCGAUGUUGAUUCCAUGGUGGACAAAUUGUGCAACCCUUCACAGGAUUACCGCCUUUCUGUAGUUGCCAUCGUGGGAAUUGGAGGUAUUGGAAAAACAGUCCUAGCAAAAAACGUUUUUGAGGAUAAGCGAGUGACAGAUAAUUUCACAGAGAGAAUUUGGGUUGCUGCACCAGAAGCUUUUAGCAUUGAAGGGAUUUUAAACAAAAUGCUGGAGUACAUUCAUAUGAGCAGUAGUGUGACUACCAGCAGCAGCGAGAUAGCAGUACGGAAACUCAAGGGAAAUCUAGAUGGAAAGAAAUACUUGCUUGUUCUUGAUGAUGUUUGGAAUGUAAAUCAACAUAUUUGGGAUGCAACUAGAAGUUCACUGGAAAGAAUUGGUGGUUCUCAGGAAAGCAUGAUUUUGGUGACAACUAGAGGUACUGAUGUAGCACAGACAAUGAAUGCUUUUGUCCAUCCUCUCCCGGAACUCUCAGAAGAUGAUAGUUGGUAUUUGUUCAAGAAAGUUGCCUUCACAAAAAUGUCCCAGGAGUAUAUUUCUAUAUUUGAAACGACUGGUAAAAAUAUCGUUAAGAAAUGUAAGGGAGUUCCACUGGCAAUCAAGAGCAUUGGAGGAAUGUUGCAAACAAAAAGACAUGCAUACGAGUGGGAGAAAAUUGAGCAAAGUGAGUUAUGGGACUUACCGCAGGAUGGUACUGGGAUAUUACCAUCCUUGAAGCUUAGCUACAAGCAUUUGUCAUCUCCAUUCUUGCAGAAAUGUUUUUCUUUUUGUGCCGCUCUUCCCAAGGAUUGGAGCAUUGGUAAAAGCUGGCUGAUACGUAUUUGGACUGCUUUAGGCCUUGUCCGACGAUCUGAAAAUAGAGAGUUGAUCGAGGAUAUUGCUGAAGAAUAUAUUAAUGAAUUGCUAAGUAUUUCCUUCUUACAUGUAGUUGAAAGGGAUGAAAUUGGAGAAACAUUGUAUUAUGGUAUGCAUGACCUAGUGCAUGACCUAGCAAAAUCUGUUUCGAAGCACGAACUCUUAUUGUUGGAGGCAGGUAACUCAGUGACAGCCAUAUCUGAUGUUCAACAUUUGGCAAUAUACGAGCAUAAGGAAUUGAAAACUGAUUGUUGGGACAAAGUGGUAGUUGAAAAUUUAUGUACGCUUAUCAUUUACAAGAGUUUACCUGGAGGAUUACUGAAGCAUGUGAAGUACCUGCGUGUGUUAAAUUUACGAGACAUGGGUCUAGAAGAGGUUCCAGAAGCAGUCGCUGGUUUGAAGUGUUUAAAAUUUCUCAGUUUGACAAACAACCCAAUAAAGGUGUUGCCUGAAUUUAUUACUGAAUUGUACAACUUGCAAUCUUUGGAUAUUUACAAAUGUAAUCUACUAGAGGAGGUCCCUGGAGGGUUGAGUAACUUGGUUAAUCUGAGGCAUUUUAUAAUGAUGAAACUUAUCAAAUUACCAGCAAAGAUGAUUGGGCAGUUGAAGUGUUUGCAAACUCUUCCACGCCUAUUGCUGACUGAAGGGGGAUUCCAGAUUUCUGAAUUGGGAGGUUUGCCUCACGUAAGUGGCCGUUUAACCAUUGUAGGCCUUGAACUGAUCAAGAGUAAACAAGAUGCUGAAAGUGCCCGUUUAUCAGAGAAGUCAAGAGUUAACAAGUUGUGGCUAUCCUGGAACAGUGACGACGACUGGAUAAAACAUGAGGAGGUGUUAGAUGGGUUGAAGCCUAACUGUAAUCUGAGACGUCUGAUAGUUCAAAGUUACGGGGGCGAAAAGUUUCCAUCCUGGCUGAUGAGAAUGGAUGUGAUAAAGAUAAUAGAGCUUGUUGAUUGUAGAAGGUGCCAAAAAUUGCCAACAUUAGGGCACCUGCCUUUUCUAGAAAAACUGGGGAUUGAAUAUAUGAGACUCUUGGAAUAUAUAGGUGUGGAGUUCUACUGCAAUAGUUACAGUUCAGAGGCAAAUUCAUCAAUGGUGUAUUUUCCAAGAUUGAAACAACUCGAGUUAUUGGGGCUUGGCAAAUUAACAGAAUGGGUUGAGCCAAGUUCAGGGGAGUGGACAAUCUUUCCUUUGUUGGAGGAAUUAAAAAUAGAAGACUGUCCUGAAUUGAAAACAACUCCAUACAAAUUCCCCUCUCUUGAACAGCUUACUGUUAAAAACAUCACCAGUGGUCUUCUCUUAACAAACAUAAUAUCCAACAAAGUUUCUGUCACUUGUCUGAAAGUUCUUCAAAUUGAGGGGAUAACGGAAAUGACACAUUUGCCCGAGGUGUUGGCUGAAUAUUGCACAUCUCUCCAAACAUUGAGAAUAAACAGAUGCCGGGACCUGAGUUGCUUGCCGGAGAGCCUAUCGAAGAUGAUUUCCCUUGAGUUGUUGCAAAUAAAGUGGUGCCCCAACCUGGUGUCUGUACCCUGCAACCUCAGCGGUUUUAGGUCGUUGCGUGAGCUUGAAAUCUUAUACAAUGUUGGUUUAACGAGUGUUCCAGAAGGGUUACAAAGUUGCACGGCGAUGGAGAAAUUGUGGAUUUCUUGUUGUCCAAAGAUAGAGACACUCCCAGACCUGACAGGAUUAAACAGUCUUCAUAAUCUGAGUUUAAGGAGUAUGAUAAAGAUGAUAACUGACCCCCCCGAUUGGCUAUACCGCCUCCCAUGCCUUACGACUUUACACAUCGGGUAUUGCGAGGACCGAGAUGAAUUCCCAGAUAUGAGCUUCCUCUGGAAAGUCACAUCUCUGGAAACUUUGAAUCUGUGUGGUUGGGGAAAGCUGCAGAAUCUUCCAGAAGAACUACAACAGUUUACGAUGCUGAAAGGGCUUGGAAUUUGCGAGUUUGAGAAUAUGGAAUGUUUCCCAGAUUGGUUCGGAAACCUUUCAUCUCUUAAUGCGCUGUGUACUGCCCGGUGUAAGAAUUUGAAGAAACUGCCGACAGAGGAUGCUAUGAAGCGACUCGCCAAAUUAAGCUAUUUGGAUAUUGAAGACUGCCCUCUGUUAGAGAAUGCUGUCAAGGUAAAUGGAACAGAGCAUCACAAGAUUUCCAAAAUUGAAGUCAGAGUUAAUGGAAGGUUUUUGUAGUUAAGUAAUUAUUUAUUUAUUUUAAAUAAAAUCCAGGUCCUGUAUUUACUUAUACCUCUGCAAACGGGUUAAGCAUACUUUCACGACUUCACAUAAAGAUAUGCGUGAGUAAACCAAAAUAAGUUGGUGGGACCUCACCUUGUGACUUGGAGGUCACAAAGUCGAGCCCCAUCAACUGCAAAAUUGUUUGGGAGUGACUCAUGCGAAAACCUCCGUAGCUGAACUAGUUAACUUGUGCAAGAUAUGCGGAGUACGUAGUAGUAUGAGACUUUGUUAAUGGAGAUGGGUGGAUUCCAACGAACAACAGAGGAGUUAAAAGAAGUAGACCAUAUAUUGCUGAACUGUAUGCUCUUUUUUAUUUUUAUUUUCAAAGGGUGUGUUAAUUCCA